UUCAUAAUAACCUAUAUAAAAAAGCCUAUUAAUUUUUUGUUAUAAUACCGGUGAUUGCAAACUGAAGAUUGUUACAUUCCCGAUAAAUUUCCGAAAACGUUACUCCGGCUCCAGAAUGAUGAUAGAAAUACAUAUAACAAUUUGUCGAUAAACAUCGAUAUGUAUCUUGCCGAUUGUGCAUUGACACGUGCUUCAGAAGAUACCGCGGAGGUAUCAUAACCUCAAAGUUAUAUAUUUUCUCUCCACGAAACUUUUGUUUCUUACAAUUUUAAAAUGAGAACUUGUACGAAAUAAACAUCAUAUAAACUCUUACGCUUUAAAAGUUGACUAAACAGUGGACGAGUAUAAUGCAAAGUGUAUUUGUGGCUAGAUUGUUCGUGCACAGAAGUUACAAAGCUACUACGUUGCUUUUCACACCAUUUCGUAGAGAUUUGCAACCGCGAUACAUUCUGAAAAUGAAUGAGGCAUUUCUUCGCUACGAGGAAGGCAGUGAUGUUUUUGAUAUUUCGUUUCGUUAUAUGGAUGAGACAAUGAUGAUUGACCGUCGGUUCAACUUCUCCAGACAAAUCACGGAGAGCAUAAACAAAUUUCUCAUCAGAGUUGAUGCGAAUAUUUGCAAGAUUAUAAAUAAAAAGAUAGAAAAGAAGAAUAAGAAAAGGAAGAAUGACGAUGCUUCGGAUAUAGCUACUUUGCCAUGCGACAAUGUACAAACUGGCAAGAUCAUGCUCCUCAAGGAUGAUGCCAAGAUAGAUGGCGAAAUGCCCUGUGAGAGUUUUCUACGGGAUUCAGCGGUGCUCAAACUGAUUAUUUUCGAAAAAACGUUCUUAGUAAAACGAAACGCACCUCACGUUGUCAAUAUUUCAUUGUCGUCAAGUAUGCUAGUGGGUUUUCCGACUUAUCCAGUCAAAUUUGAGUCAUUGUACACUGACAAGAAACGAUCAAUAUUCAACUGGUACAAAAAUGAUGCUGUUAAUAAAAAGCCAAGCUUAUGGACUCAUGUAGGCAAUGGAUAUCUGUAUAUACCAAACGUAUCUGACAUUGGUUGCAAUUUAAAACUUAGCUGUGAACCAUGGAAUGAGUCAGAUCAUGGUUGUAGUAUAGAAGUAGAAUCGAAGAACAUUGUAGAGCCUGGUCCUGGACAGUGUCCCUUCGAUAUUCGGCACCAAUUUACAAAGAAUAGAUUGUCUGGCAGAAGUUUCAGAAUAAUGUGUUAUAAUCUAUUGGCUGAUAUAUACGCCGAUUCUGAGUUUUCAAAGGAUGUGUUGUACCCAUAUUGUCCAUCGUAUGCAUUAGACAUGGACUACAGAAAGCAGUUGAUAUUGAAAGAGAUAAUUGGAUUUAAUAGCGAUAUAAUUUGUCUGCAAGAAGUAGAUAGGACAGUAUAUGAGCGUGAUUUGUUGUCAUCUCUAUGUACGUUGAAUUAUGACGGUGUGUUCGUCACAAAGAACGAGAUUAGUGAAGGACUCGCUACAUUUUUCAAUCAAGAGAGAUUCGAAAAGUUAGGAUUUCAAUUUAACGUAAUGGCUCAGAAUACUGACGUUCCCAGAUUUGCCACUGUUUGGUCCAAAAUUAACAAUGAGAAAACGAAGGAAAGAUUUUUGAAAAGAAACACAACUAUUCAGGUCACAAUAUUACGAUCAAAAGAGCAGCCAUCUGAAAUUUUGAUUGUUGGCAACACACAUUUAUAUUUCAAACCUGAUGCGGAUCACAUACGUUUACUGCAAGGAUAUUACGCAAUUACAUAUGUACACGAAGUGGCAAAGAAAACGUUAGAAGAGAAUCCUGAGUGUAACGUAAGCGUGAUACUAAGCGGAGACUUCAACAGCGUACCAGAAUGCGGCAUUUAUCGGCUAAUGACCGAAAAUUACGUUCCGGAAACGUGCGAAGAUUGGAGAAGUAAUACCGAGGAAGCUAUAAAAGACAUAUCUCUAACGCAGGAUCUUCGUAUGUCUAGCGCAUGCGGCACGCCUGAAUAUACAAACUAUACGCCCGAAUUCUCCGAUUGUCUAGACUAUAUAUUCUACGAGAAGGACAAGUUCGAAGUGGAGCAGGUAGUCCCGAUGCCUAGUAAAGAGGAGCUCACUCUUCAUACUGGUUUACCAUCCGUCGUCUUUCCCAGUGAUCAUAUAUCCUUGUGCGCUGAUUUAAAAUUGAAAGGAUAAUAAAUAUUGGAAUUACUAUGUGACAUUAUCUUGCUUAUUAAGCACAUGAUGAUUAAAUGUAUGUACAAUAACAUAGGCAAAGAAUUUGUAACUUUUAAGUAUAAAGACUCUGAUGACGUUAUUGGAAUA